GGUUUUCUCAACACAUACCAUUCUGUGUCUGCUGCUGUCCAUGUUGAUCUACCUCGGCGGCCUGCGCGAUAGGUGGCAAGACUUCACUACAUAUUCAAUCACAUUAGGUCGGCUUUCAUGCUCUGUCUGAUGAGCCGAUAGUUGCCCGGAUACCAUUGCUAGUACAGUCGCCCUUUUUAAACGCGAAUGCAACCACCACCGUUUGACGGCUCUCCACCAGCCCCGUGUGCACAUAUACGAGUUGGUACGCCGAGCUCGGCUUGAGGACGCCCCGGGAGAGCCUCGACCUUCAUUAGUCUGUCGGUGGUGCCAGGCAGCCGAGGCUCACCACAUAAAGUAAGGCUAGUCAGGCCCAACCUGGGGUGAGGGGGUCGAGAAGUAUAUAAUGGGCACAAAAGACCCCAGUACAAACAGCACGCCUUGCGCCAUAUCAUAACUUCUGGCAGAAAAGAAUCAAGAGCAAUAACAUGAAGGCCUACACUAAUGAAGGACCAGUCAACUGUGAUGCCGAGUUCGACAGCAGUAACGUCAAAGGCAAAACAGCCAUAGUCACCGGCGGCGCAAAUGGUAUUGGUGAGGCUUAUGUUCGUGCAUUGGUCGGCGCAGGAGCGUUCGUGCUCAUUGCCGAUAUCAAUGAAGCGGACGGUACAAAGCUUUCAAAGGAGAUGGCCAGUGCUACCCAAUUCGAGAAAUGUGAUGUCACGAGCUGGGCCGAUCAGCUGGCAGUUUUCAAGUCGGCAAUUUCGUCCUCGCCCUCUGGAAAGAUUGAUAUUGUCGUCGCGAAUGCUGGCAUUGGCGGCGAAGACCCAGUCUUCUCAACCAACGUAGAAGAAGAAGACCCCGAAGAACCCAGGUUGAAAACCCUAGAUGUCGAUCUGGUCGGCGUGUUGUACACGAUCAAACUCGCGCUCCAUUACUUCCGCCGACAGAAUGCUCUGAGUAAAGGUGAGGACUUGGACCAGGUCCUGGUCAUUCAAGGUAGUCUUGCGGGAUUCCUGGGAUUACCUGGAGCACUUCAGUACUCAGCCUCAAAGUACGGCUUGCGUGGGGUAUUCAGGACCCUUCGCCUUACUGAACAUCAGCACAAGAUUCGAGUUUCUUACAUCGGACCCUGGUUCAUUGAGACGAAGAUCAUGAACGACAAGACUAUUCAGCAGUUGAAGGACACCGAUACAGCGUUUGCCACUGUCCAGGACUGUGCAAGAGCGCUGAUGAGGAUCGUGUCGGAUAGUAACACAUCAGGCAGGGCUUUCGCGAUCUUGCCUCGACAAUGGGCAGCUGCUGGAUACAUGGACCUCUGCGACGACGACAAAGAGGACACCCUGUUGGGGAAAUUGACUGCAGGAAUUGCUGCAGCACGCAGCCAUCCUCAGGGUUCUGAUGCGAAACCGAGCACCAAGGUUGAAUGGUGAGGGUCUUCAUUGUAGGCCUUUCCUGGUGCCGGGCAAUGUAGUACGGCGGGUGCAAUAUGCUAGAGGAACUUGCGUGUUUGAGGCAACAUUACCAUUGUCGAGAAAAGCAGUGACCGAAGCCGUUUGAAUAAGUGAACAGGGGCAAAUACCACACAUUACCAUGUUACUAGUAUCCAUGUUGCGCGAAGUUCAGCCGAAUAUGGUGGCGCUCUUUCUGGAUCAUGAAAAGGUGCCAAGAUUGCCCGAUUAGGUAGGCCCGCCUGCUUUUAGGGGAAGUCUCAAAUCUCUUGGCAAAAAUCCCCCGGGGACUUCGGUUGCGUUCUCAAUUCU